AUGCGAGCAGAAGUACGAAACAGAAUCGAGGAGCCAGGCACCUCGGACGACGAAACCGUCGUCGUCAUCCAAGAUGGCGUCGCCCUGAACGCUGCAGGUCACAGGGACCAGCUGUCGCGCCAGUACGGCCUUCUGGGACUUGCCAGCAUGGCCCUCACCGUGGACAACGCCUGGGUAGCUUUGGGCUCGUCGAUUUCGGUCUCUAUUCUCAACGGUGGCCCACCCGGCAUCAUUUACGGCCUCCUUGUUGCCGUCUUCUACUACUCUUUAAUCGGACUGAGUCUGUCGGAGCUUGCCUCUUCGGUCCCGACCGCCGGCGGCGUCUACCACUGGGCUACCAUCGCGGGAGGCCCUCGAUGGGGACGAAUACUAGGUUUCUUCACUGGGUGGAUUAACUUCUACGGCUGGAUAUUCGCCCUGGCAUCGCUCAUGCAGAUCUCGAGCAACGUCGCCGUGAGCAUGUACGCAGUCUACCACCUCGACACCUACGUCAGCCAGCCGUACCACGUCUUCAUCGGGUACCUCCUCAUCCUCUGGGGCUCCGCGUUCUUCAUCGUCUUCGCCAACAAGUACGCGCCGCACACCCAGCACGUGGGCACCUUCUUCGUCAUCGUCGGCGGCAUUGUGACCAUCAUCAUCCUGGCGACGAUGCCGAAACGCCACGCGACCAACCACUUUGUGUGGUCCUCUUUCAACGAGAAUAAUGCCACCGGCUGGUCGGGCGGGGUCGCGUUUCUCCUGGGCGUCCUCAACGGCGCCUUUACGAUCGGGACUCCUGACUCGGUUACGCAUAUGGCGGAGGAGAUGGGCCAUCCCAGGAAGGACCUGCCCAAAGCGAUCAUGUUGCAGAUCACUCUGGGGUUCGUCUAUGCCUUUUGUUUCGCCGUCGCCUUGUCGUACGCCAUCACAGACAUCACCGCUCUCCAGGGCGGCUUCAACACCUUCCCGUUAACCAACAUCUACGUACAAGCCACGGCCGGGGAUAACGGUGUGCGCAACCCGGGCGCAGCUUUCGGGCUUCUGUUCAUUAUGCUCAUCUGCACCUUGACCUGCUGUGUGGGUCUGACGUUGACUGUUUCGAGGACCUACUGGGCACUGGCCAGAGACAAUGCGGUGCCGCUGUCAGCUUUGUUUGGCCGAGUAAACGAACGGCUCAGCUGUCCCGUCUGGUCAACCCUGUUCGUGUGCGUGCUUGCUACCGGGAUAGGCGCCAUUCCGCUUGGCAGUUCGACGGCUUUCCUCGCCAUAGCUGGGUCGUUUGUCGUUUUGACAACCAUAUCCUACGCCAUUCCCUUCGCGGCAAACAUGCUGUCAGGCCGCAAGUAUUUCCCCAAGGGGCCGUUUCACCUAGGACGAGCGGGGUACGCGGUCAACGGCCUGGCCGUCCUGUUCAUCGUGUUGUUUGAUGUUCUCUUCUGCUUUCCCUUUGUGCUACCAGUGAGUGAAGCGUCUAUGAACUGGAGCAGUGUGAUUUUGGUAGGGACGGUGGCGAUUACCGGACUGUGGUGGGCGGUGCACGCCGUCAAACAUUACCCCGGCCCGAAGGUGAUGGAGUUGUAUAUCGAGACCGACGGGAUGGCGCUCGCUGCCACCGAGAAAUCUUCGGCAUCGGCGAUGGCAACGGAGCUCAAGCAGAAAGAAGCAGAAAGCCUCCGGAGCUGA